AUGGAUUCUCAAACGGAUUUCGACGUCAACGAAGCCAUAAAGAAUUACGAUAGCGAUCCCUCAGAAAUAGCCACACCCGAUGCCUCGCGAGAGCUGCAAGAUUUCGAACAUGACCCGGAGAGGCUGGGGGAGGAGAUUGCAUUGCUCAAUGCUGAGCUGAACCCGAUCGUCGACGCCAUCGCAGACAGCCCAGAAGCGAUCACUCGCAGCGCCAACUUCGACACCCUACAGUUUCUUCUCAAGUUCUCCACCCAGAUACCCGCAGCCACGCUCGGCAAGAUUCUCGAUCUCGUUGGAUCUGCGCUUGCUACUUAUGCCCCGGUCGUACAUGCGGACAUAGAAGCUCAAGAUCAGGAUGCGUUAAAGUUGCACAAGAAACUCCUGGAGAUGUACGGCUUUCUUCUUCGCUGGACCAUAUCGGCCGUCGAGACCAGAGAAGCCCAGGAAAAGCCGACAGCAUCGGCACCCGCUGCACGAGGUCGCGGAAAGGGCGCUAAAUCAAAGGCUGCAAAAGUUGGGACGUGGGAUGCAUCGGCUCAGCUUGAGGCUGCCUUGAAUAGAAUCAGUACAGUGCUGCGACUAGAUCUUGGUCGCAUCUUUGUGACGACUUCGGAACGAGACACCUUCAUUGGCUUACUCACAAAGCCUGUUUACCACAUGUUGGAGAACUCGGAGAAAACGGGACGGAUAAAGAACAACGCAAUACGCAACCACAGUUUCAGGAUAUUGGCAAUGGCUGUUAGAAACCACGGCCAUGCAUACAAUGCUCAAAUAUCUAUCACACAAGAUCUGUUCUUUUACAGCCACCUGUCCGAGACAAUGGCUGAAUUCCUACAUAUCGUUGCAAAAGAGUACAACUACCCGCAGCUUACCGAAGAGGUCCUCAAAGAAAUCAGCGAUAAGGAGUUCAGCAGUACAGACAGAAAGGGUCCAACAUCUGUAUCUGCCUUCCUCAUAAGGAUUGCUGAGCUGCUUCCAGAAGUUGUCAUGAAGCAGAUGGCGUCCCUGGCUAAAUUAGUCGAGAAUGAGUCACACACUCUGCGCAUGGCCAUGAUCGACGUGUGCGGACAGAUGAUAAUCAUGAUCAGCAAGCAAACCGGCGACGAUUCACGUAGUGAAGUUGCAAAGCCGAAAAUGGACCCAUUCUUCGACGAACUUGAGAAGAGGUUCCUGGACAUCAACCCAUAUUGUCGUGGUCGAGUCAUGCAAGUUUAUGUCAAGCUCUGCGAUCUUGACCAAAGAUUAUCCAAGCGGCGGAAAAAGGCCGCGAAAUAUGCGGCGCAGAGUCUGAUGGACAAGAGUAGCAUUGUCCGGCGGAAUGCUAUCAAACUGAUUUCAAGGCUUGUGGAGACCCAUCCCUUUACCCUGUUCGCCGAAGACCAGGGAUUACUUUCGAAGGACAGAACGGUACGGCAGCUGGAAGACUUUGAUGCUCAGAUCGACGCCUUGGCGCCACCCGAACCUGAGAAGCCUUCGUCAGGAGAGCAGACGUUAGACGAAUCGAUGCUGCAGGAUGCGACCCAGGUGGAAGGGGCUGUCCCAGUACAGCCUAAACACCCAGAUGAGAUGAACGAGGAAGAGAGAAUCGCAUUUCUAAAGAAGUUAGAAAUGCAAGCAGAGGCGCGGGCCAAGGCCGAAAAGCUAGACACUCUCCAAAAGUCCAGAAAGUACUAUGACGACAUGUUGAAGUUUAUCGAAGUUGUGGACGAUGCAGCAGACGAUGUUAUGCAGCUUCUGUCCGCAAAGAACAAGAGCGAGGUCAUCGAGGCGAUGGAUUUCUUCGUAAAGAUCAACGCGUACAAAAUUCCCAAUGCACGUAACGGUAUUCGGCGAAUGCUCCGCCUCAUCUGGACCAAGGGCAACAGCGACGAAGGAAAGGGCGUUCAAACCCAUCUCAUCGAAUGCUACAAGGACCUGUUCUUCGUGGCCGAUCCCCGCUUCGACCGAGAUCACACCGAUGACUACAUCAAGAACAACAUGAUCUCCCUAACGUACGGGACCACACCUGCAGAGCUCACCUCGCUCGAACAGCUGCUGAGUACGAUGAUGAAGCAAGGUAUGAUAAAGGAAACGGUCAUCCAGAAGUUGUGGGCCACCUAUGCAUAG